CCCAAGCAACAUCUAUCGGCCAUACCAUGCUGGAGUUCAUUGCUACAUGAUCCAAAGGAUAGAUCCCUGUCUUCUUUUGCUUUGCCGCCGCUAGCUGCGCGAGAGGCCGGGAUUGUAGCCGCGUAUGGGCAUCGGCGCCAUGGCAUUUGCUGCUAGUAAGUCGUAGGACCCAUGCUCGCUUGGAGGCUUGUGGCGAGGUCGAGCCCCCAAAUCUCCCUCUGAUCAUGCAUGGUCAGGGAUCGGGGGCCAGCGGCCUCCUUUCCAAGUGGGGGCUAGCAUUGGCUUGUUGCUGCUGAGAUGUGCAUGAUUUGGUCCUCUCUCUUUCUCUCAGUGCUUUGAUCAUGGCGCCGGCCCGGCCACCUGCCUGGUCUGAUAAAACCUCUCCCUGCCCGGCUUGUUUCCCUGCUGCCUCUCGGCUGGGGCUGGGGCUGUUAGGAAUCACCUCAGGUUCAGGUUCAGGCCGGGUCGCCCACCACAGACCCCGCCCACGCGCGCGCGCGCCAUCCUUGUUCUGGCAUUCUCCUUGCAGCCGUUUUAUUAGGAAACGCUCCUCUUUCCGUUUUAGUAGCCAGGCCAGCUUGAGAGUUUUCAGAGGAACUUGUGAGAGUGUGCGCAUCAGAAGUUUGGUCCAUCCUUUGUGUUCUUGCUCCCUCUGUCUAUAUACCUGUGCCGGCCUUUGAUCUUUCAGGUUGCUGCGUCGUGGGGGCGAGAGGCUACCGCUACCAGGAGAGAGGGGCAACGCAGUGGUGGUUGGCGUUUCAGUAGGCUGUCAGUGUUCCUCCCCUUGAUUUGAUAAGGUCCUUUUUAAUUCGGUACAACGUUUGACACCUCCCCGAGCCUGGUGGGAAGAUGACCGGCAACGCGUCUUAUCAGCAGCUCGGACUCGGAGUCGACGCCAUGAUGAGCGGCUGCUUCGUCAGCAGCGGCGCCGACACGCAGGUCUUCCAUGAUGGCAGCUUCGGCUUCGGCGAACCGGCGGAUGCCGCCGCGAGCUUCUUGGUGGACGGCGGCUCGAUGCUCGCCGGCCAGCUGCAGCUGAUCCGCGCCGCUGCCACGCAGAGCGUGUCGCCGGAGGAGAUGCGCGGCGGCGGCGGCGCCUACGGCCCGUCGCCCUCGGAUGUCACCGUUGCUCAUCACGCGCCAAAGGUGGCCAAGCUCGCCGGGGAGAUGGAGACCAGCUGGAUCCACGAGCCGUACUACUGCGGCCCCACAUGGUUCUCCGGCGAUGGCCUCCGGGACCCGUUCGCCGCGGCGGCGAGCGAGCUGUCGCUCAGGCUACGCGCCGGGUCGUCGUUGCCAGCCGGCGCCGUGAACAUCAGCCUGCCGGACCAGUCCUCGGAGGUGAGCUGCUCCGGCUUGACCCACGCGAGCAGCAGCGCCGCCGGCAGCGCGUUCCAGACUCCCUGCGGCGGCGGCGGAGACAUGGCACGUCCUGGGCCCCUGCACUUCUCGCAGGUCCUGCCGCGGUGGUCGGGGUACGCGCACGUCACGCAGCAGACGCUGGACGAGUUCGUCGUCUGCCUGCUGCAAGACGUGGCAAUGUUCGCCGGCUCGGUCGGCGGCGGCGGCGGCGAGGCGAGCUGCCCGCUGCCCGUGUCGAGCUCCACCAAGACGACGUCCUCCAACGCGUCGGCGUUUCUCGGCUCGGAAGAGCACGCGCACCAGCAGCUGAAGAACGAUCUCCAGAAGCUGCUACAGCUGCUGGACCAACGGUGCAACCAGUGCGUGGACGAGAUCCAGAGCGCGGCGUCCAAGUACGGCGGCAUGGCCGGCGGCGGCGGCGCCCUCCUGGCGCCGUUCGCGCACGGCGCGGUGUCCGCGGCGCACCGGAGGCUCCGGGCCCGGAUCACGGGCGAGAUCGCGGCGGCCUCGCGGAGAGGCGCGCCGCCGACGCUGACGCUGGCCGACAGGGAGCGGAGCUGGGAGUCGGCCUUCAUCCAGAAGCACUGGGCGCUGCGGCAGCUCAGGCGCGGCGACCAGCAGUCGUGGCGGCCGCAGCGCGGCCUGCCGGAGAAGUCCGUCGCCGUGCUCAAGGCCUGGAUGUUCGAGAACUUCCUCCGCCCGUAUCCCAAGGACAACGAGAAGGAGAUGCUGGCGGCGAGGAGCGGCCUGAGCAGGAGCCAGGUCUCCAACUGGUUCAUCAACGCCCGUGUGAGACUGUGGAAGCCGAUGAUAGAGGAGAUGUACGAGGAUCUCAAGAAGGCAUCCGGAGGCGGCGAGGGCGUGGCCGCCUGAAGAUCAGAGCAGCAGAGCUGGGUUUCCACGUCCAGGAUGGGAGUUUCUGUAAAAUCUCAGCACUGCUCUGGGACCUGUUGUACGAGCAUUGAUGCCACCCUGUUAUCUAUAUUUGCAUAACCGUACAACCUUCCUGGCGUAUGUAUGUAUAAAAUUGCUAGUAUAUAUGCAGGUUGCAUUGUAGACACUUUUUUGCCACAUCCUAUCCUCGAGUUCUUUUUUCUA